AUGCCACCCCAAUCUCUCUCACAAUUUGGACCACCUCCACCAAUGCAAACAGCCUGUACAUGCAUAACAAUUACAGUUCAACAAAAGCCACAGGAUAUUUGUUCAUGCGCUGCUCCGCUUUCAGCUGGUGGCCAAGGAGCUUUUCCGCCUAUGGGGAUGGGUGGCGGAAUGCCUCCACCAAUGAUGGGUGGUGGUGGUCAUAUGCCUCCGCCUCCAUUUAUGCGUGAUCAUCAAUUUGGUGGCAUGUUUGGACCACAGAUGCCGAUGGGAGGUGGUAUGGGUGGGGGUCCUCCACCGUCAAUGAGACCAGGAGGAAUGCCGCCAAUGGGUGGAGGAAUGGGUGGCCCACCACCACCUCAUAUGAUGAGCUCGCCCUCUCCAUUUGAUGGUCCAAUGAUGUCACCUCCAAUGGGAGGAGGACUUCCUCCUCCAGGUGCUGGCAGAGGUCAACCAGUUUGUAUCUGCACACCAAUGCAACAAGAUUGCUGCCCUCCUCCCCCGCCGCCGCCACCCCCACCACCAAUGGCACAUGGCCCAGGGCUAGGACAGCAAAUGCCUCCCCAAGGAACAGCAUUAACAAUUAGUUGCGUUUGUACACCAAUGCGACAAGACGCAUGUUGUCCCCCACAAACACCUCCACCACAAUUUGCUCCACCACCACCGCCAAUGCCGCGGCCGCCCCAAGGCGGAGGACAACCUGUUUGCAUUUGCACACCCAUUCAACAAGAUCCCUGCUGCCCACCACCUCAACAAUUACAGGCAGCCCCAAUGCUCCCACCACCACCAUUCCAACAGCAACAGCCACCGAUGGGUAUGCCACCUUCUUCAAUGACACCACAAUUCCAGCCUCCAAUGGGUGGAGGUCCGAUGGGAGGAAGACCGCCAUUUACUCCACCUCCAUUUGGAGCUGGCAAUCCUCCAUUCCCUCCUCCACCACCCGGUCCUCCCGGAGGAGGAAUGAUGAUGGGUGGAGGCGGUGGACCGAACGCAUGUGUUUGCAUACCAGCUGGCCAUGGAGGAGGGCCUGGAAUGGGAGGUCCUCCACCACCUGGAAUGAUGGGAGGGGGACCAGGAAUGAUGCCUCCACAACCCUGUGCAUGUACUGCAGCAGCUGCGAAACAAAAAACUGAAAGAAAGGUGAAAAAACAAAGACGAAGUGCUUUUCAAUGGCUGAGGCCAGAAGAUCCCAGUACUGAUGAAAAUUUAUAA